AUGCAUCAACGCGACUGUUUCGGCUUGGCGAGUUAUGCUUCCCUCUCUCCUGACACGAAGUGCUCACGCAACGGUCUCACGCAGACCGACUACGUCCAGGACCAGGCCUUCGUCCUCCUCAGCACCCUCGGCGCCUUUGUGCCCAAGGCGACCGCCGCAACUUGCCACACCGCGCUCGCCUACCCAAUCGCGAUGUCGGGUGUCGUCCCCAUCCAGCCUCUCUCUCCUCGCUCACUCAUCUUCAAUCGCGCACCUAACCUCCGACUACACAACCACAUCUCUCCACCAGUCGCCUCGCAUCCUCGCCCACUCGUACUCUCCUCCUUCGUCUUCGAGCGCUUCGUAAGAUCUCACAUGAUGCUUGUAUUAGCGGACCUCUCCUUGCCGAGGAUGUAA